UAUGAAAGAAGGAGAGGAAGAGGAGCAAGAAGAAGAACAAGAACAAGAAGAAGAUAAGCACGAGAGAUAGAGAAAGUGAGGUAGCCUUCUUUUACGGGUCAUGUUCUUUCUCUUCUUUUAAGCUAAGAAAAUAAAUAAAUAGUAAAAAGAGCGAAAAAACCAAACAAAACACUACAGUUUUACAGAGACAGACAUAUUCUUUCUUUUUCAAUUUCCACCACACUUUCUCUCUCUAUCAAAGACCAUAGCUUUAAUCUGAAACUCUCAUUUUGGACCCUACUCGCCUGCCUAACCAUUGAGUCUGCCAUAAAGGAAGAAGAAGAAAUCACAUCCCCACCACACAAAACCGGAGACAGCUCUGCUGUUUUGCCCACAUAUAGAUAGAUAUUUAGUGGAUCAUUACAUUAGAUCUAGAGAGAGAAACACCUGUUAUUCUGUUUGGUUUGGUUUGGUUGGGAUUUUGUUUUUUGGGUUUGUAUAAUGGAUAAAAGCUGUCAAUCCUCUGGCGGAGAGUCUACAAUCACCACCAGUAGCAGCAGUAGCACCAACACUAAUACUUCCAGAGAUCAUUACCUCAAAAACCUCAAUAAGCUUUCUCACAAGAUCUCUAAACCCAUCAUCACCAAAAAAUCCCCUUUUGAUCAUCAAAAUCAAAACUUCAAUCACAGUAAUAUUAAUAAUCAGCAACAGCAAUCACAAUCACAGCCUACCCAGCAGCAGCAGCAGCAGCAUCAGCCGCCGGUGUACAAUAUCAAUAAGAAUGAUUUCAGAGACGUGGUUCAGAAACUCACCGGAUCUCCUGCUCAUGAAAGGUUCAGUACUCCUCCGCCUAUUCACCCACCAAAGCCUCCAAGCUCUCGCUUGCAGCGUAUUCGUCCUCCGCCGCUCGCGCAUGUUAAUAAUCGCCCGCCUCCUUUGAUAAAUAGCGCCAUCCCUACUCAUCAUCCACCGCCGCCUGCAAUUAAUGCCAGCAUGAAUCCUCCCGUGCCGACCGCAACUGCAACCAACAGUUUUAUCCAACGCCCAUUAGCUCCUCUCUCACCGUUACCGCCGUUUCCGGCGGUUCAUGCGGCGGCGGAAUCGCCGGUUUCUGCUUAUAUGCGUGACCUUCAGAACUCAAUCUUAGCCGCCGAAUCAAAUAAGCAUUUUUCAGGAUUCUCGCCUCUUGCCCCACUGGUUUCUCCUCGCUGGAAUAAUCUACCUCCACAACAGCCUCCGCCCCAGCAAAAUCAACAACCAUUUGCACCUCCGGAGCAGGGGGUACUUCCCUCACCGACAUCAGGUUUGGGUGGUUCGCAGCCGCAGUUUCACUUACCACCUUCACCGCUGCCGUUUGGGUGUUUCAACUCGCCGCGAUCACCUCGCCCUUUGCUAUCCCCAGGUCUGUUGCUCUCGCCUUCUCCAUUUCCGCUAUCGCCGACAUUGCCAGUGCCCAGCCCUAGAUGGAGAGAUCUAUGAGGCUGCUUCUUGUUUGGUCAGAUACUUGGGGAAAUUCUCAAAAUCAUUGGUCUGUUGGAUUAUCAAUAUGCAUUUUCUUAAACUUCAUCUGCUCUUUUAUUUGUACGAGUUGCCAUUCUGCUAAGUAGUUAUGCAUUCAAGAAUCUUUGACGUUGAGUAUGAACUACUGGGCCAGUAUGCAUGAAGAAAAAUGAACGUUAUACAUCUAAAUGAAUAGAUUGUAAUGGUCAGGAUGUUUGCAUGUUUAUCUAUCAUGAAGAAAAGCUAAAAAGCUUAGUAUUCAAUUUACCAUCUUUGCUGGGUUACGGGAAACAUCAAUCUUCUCUAUGGACUCUAGGGCAAAUCCCCCCCUGCUCUUCUUAAAUGAUAGAUAGAGGCGAUGGACAUGGAGCUUAACGUUUGCUUGGUCAGAACGAAAAAGAAAAAGGAACUUGUUCAAGUGCCUUAUUUGUAUGGAAUUGACAGCACUAGCACCAACAAAAUUCCAUUUGGUGGAAUGAGAUCUUACUUUAUGUAGUUAAAGUGGGAACAUCCAAAAGCUGAUAUUUUGUUUCAUGCUAGAUCUUGCCUAACUUUUCUUACAAUGGAAUAUUUGUGUUCUUGGUUGUGACUUGUGCCCACAUUUAUUGUCUUGUUAAGUCUGGGUUUUCUUAUUUUGGAUGAAUAUAGCUGAUGGUUAUUCAUUUAUUUUUCGACUCCCCAUUGUUAUGGACUUAUCUGAGAUGUUAGAAGUUAACAGCAGUUAACAAAUUUACUUCUUUCA